UAUCCACUCGUUGCCUUGACAGCACAGAAGAUAACGCGGUGCAGCUGCGGUAGUAGACGACACAUCAGGCGGUACGCAGGAGACCGGGCCGAGCGGCGCUCGGCGUCAAUGUCCCCGCUGCUGACGAAGUGAAGCAUGGGCUCCGCGGCAUCGCAGUCAUGGCUAGAUCCACCAACCGAAGCGCAGAGGUCGGGGAUCCCCGUGUAACCGCCCCCACGGACCGCGCGGAGGUGCGGGACCUGGCCGAGCCCCGGGAGCUGUCUUUGGAGGAGGUGCUGAAGUCCUACGAGCAGCCCAUCAACGAGGAGCAGGCGUGGGCGGUGUGCUACCAGUGCUGCAGAGGGCUCAGGGUGCCCCGCCCGCCGCCCGGCAGACCCGGUCGGGUGAAGGACCCGUCCUCUAUCCUCCUGCACCGGGACGGAACCGUGUCGUUAAAGGACGAGCCGCAACCCGACGAUGACAAUGAUGGAGAUCCUCUUCCACCAAUCGCAGAGCGACAACUGGUUCAGUCCCUCGGUGUGGCCAUCUAUCGAGCUCUGGACUGGGGACUGGACGAAAACGAGGAGCGGGAGCUCAGCCCGCAGCUGGAGCACCUCAUCGAGCGAAUGGCGGGCGGGGACCAGGGUGGCCAGGGUGUCAGCUCUGCUGGCAGCGGCGCAACCGAUGAGGGGUACAGUGGACAGGAAGAAGAGGAGGAGGAGGAAGAGGAGCAGGAGGGAGCGAUAAGGCCGGUGUGCUGGUUCCGUCAGGUGGUGGUGCUCUGCGCGUCCCGUCUGGCCAACCCGAGCCUGGCCCCGGAGCACUACCAGGCCGUCUGCCGCGCUCUGUUUGUGGAGACGCUGGAGCUGCAGACCUUCCUCAUCAAGAUCAGAGACGCAAAGGAGAUGCUGAAGAAGAUUUCCUCCGAAGAACCUCUGGAGGACAGAUCCACGCCCGAGCUGGACGCGCUGAAGCACAGAGACUGGGCUCGUCUGUGGGUGCAGCUGAUGAAGGAGCUGAGGCAGGGUGUGAAGCUGAAGAAGGUCCAGGAGCAGCCGUUCAACCCGCUGCCCACCGAGUUCAGCCUGACGCCCUUCGAGAUGCUGAUGCAGGACAUUCGAGCUCGCAAGUUCCAGCUCCGCAAAGUCAUGGUGGAUGGUGAUAUUCCUACCAGAGUGAAGAGAAGUGCCCAUGAGCUGAUCCUGGACUUCAUCAGGUCCAGACCUCCUCUUAAACCUGUCUCGGAGCGCAGCCUUCCUCCUCCUCCUCCACGCCAGCAGUCGCUUCAUGAGCGGGUUCUGGCAGAGAUCAAGCAGGAGAGGAAGCUCAGGCCUGUGGCGCCACACACCGCCAGGCCCUUCGGCUCGCUGCCCUGUCUGGCUCAGACGUGUCCUUGCGAUGUCAAAUCCACGUCGUGCAUUGAUCUGUCUGUGUCGGAGCCUCGGCCGUCGCUGCGGCCUCGCGUCCUGCUCAAGGCCCCGACGCUGGCUGAGAUGGAGGAGAUGAGCAUCUCUGAGGAAGAGGAUUCCCCGGACGGUGGGGACAUGAGGAGGACAGAGAGCUCUCUGGCGCCGCUGAAAAGAGAUCGAUCGUUUUCGGAGCAGGACCUGGCCUUUCUCCGCGGGGACUUGCUUCCCUCGCUGUCGGAGUCGGCCCAGCUGGGCGAGACAGUCAGACUGCAGGACGUGAGGCCGCGGUCCAGAACGCUGACUGGUGCCGGAGCGCCUCCUUAUCACCGAGCUUCCUUCCCCGUCUACGGCUGGGUGCCCCCGUCUCCCGCUCGCCUGUCUCUGAGUUCGGUCGACGAGGCCACGGAGGGUCUCGAGACGACGUCGGACUCCAGGAGCGAAGACCAGUGGAUGGAGGAGUUCAGCCACCCCGUUGAGAGUCUGGCCCUUACUUUGGAUGAGAUCAUCAAUGUGCGUCGAGUACUCGUCAAAGCAGAAAUGGAGAAAUAUCUUCAGAGCAAAGAGUUGUACAGCAACCUGAAGCGAGGAAAGGUUUGCUGCUGCUGCAGAGUGAAAUUCCCUCUCUUCUCGUGGCCGUCCACAUGCUUACUGUGCAAAAGGUCAGUGUGUGGCUCUUGUAGUGCAAAGAUGAAGAUUCCCUCCAAGAAGAUGGCUCACAUUCCUGUGUACACUGUGGGAUUUCACGGCACCCCAAAAGGCCAUGGACACAAAAGCCAAGUCUACAAAUCCCUGCGGACUCUGUCCCGCCGCUCAGUGGAGGAGGAGUUCCCGCACCUGUACGCUCACGGCUGCACGCUGCGUGACAUCUGCGCCGAAUGCACAAAGUUCGUCGCUGACGUCAUCUCCUCCAGCCGCCGGAGCCUGGACAUCCUCAACAACACUCCAAAGAGAGAGGCCAAAGCCGCUCAGAGGCCACAGCUGCAGCGACAGUCCAACUUUGAGGCUUUGCCUCAACCAAACCAUCACCACCAACAACCUUCAUCGCAGCUCCGCCGCAGCGAGACGGUCCACAGCACGAAGCAAUGACUGGCUCAGACUCUGACCUCACUGUGCACACGUUGGUAUUUAAAGAGGGUAGGGCUCCCGGAGGGUUGCAGCGUGUCUUAAUAAUCAUAUAAUCCAGUAAAGGUGCUUCAAAGUUAAUUUUGCUGGGUUGGAGCAUUAAAUGUAUCAUUUAAUAGUGACGUUUAGGUUAAAAGAUGAAAAGGAAAAAAAAAAAUCACUGAAGCUGUUAAGAACUCUUUAGCAAGAAUGUAGAGAUGCCAGCUUUUUGCACAACUGCUUCACCUUCCUUAUCUCACCAUCUCACUCUCAACACACUUGUUCACUUAAAUCUCUCUCUGCAUCUGCCCUAUCUGCUGCACCAAACCUUCACUCACACAUUUUGGGCGGGAGGAGUUCAAUCAGAGGGGAGCACUGGAGGUUGAGAGGCAGGGCUGCGAGGUUAAAGCUGCGCAGUGUUGCAUUAGCAUUUAACUCCAAUGGGUUGCCUUGUUUUUUUUGUCAUGAAUGUACCUUACGAGAACAAAAUUGCAAACCUAAUAGCUUGUAAACAGUAAAAUAUUUAUUUUUAACCAUUAAAAAGGGGAGUUAAAAACAAUCUGCUGCAUAACGAGCCCUUGUGAAGACCCCAGACCUGCGGCAGGGUGGGGGGUGAAACAGCAGCGACACUGUGAAUGUAACAGGGUGAAGCUGCGGGCCGCACCUUUAGCCGACGUAGCAUGACGACCGCGGUGAGAGGCGAGCAGGUGAAUCUCCCGCCUCUCUCACUCCCACAUGGACGCUUUGCAAUCUGUUCUGGUUUUGUAAACACAACGUGAACCUCGGCUGCAAUAAAGAUCCAGUGACAAACACA